UAAGACACAGGCCUUCGCCGUAGUAGAAUGCGUAGUUUCUCUCCGCUCCUGGCGCGAGUAGACCAGUCCGUGUUUUUGCAAAGCCUCUCUCUAUCCAACCUCAGCCUCAAAACCCUCCAAAAACCCACCAGCCUACCAAAAGGCAUUCGGGAGCAGAGGAGGAGCAGAGAUUCACACUGAGAAACCUCCAUCCCUGUGUGAUCUCCUCUAACGGGAGAACUGAAGUGAUGGCGGGUUGCGCGGAGGAUUCGUGGAUUUUUGCUUGACAGGCACCAGAAUCUUCGGUUGGAUUAGUUGAUUGGUUUAUUUAUGGGGGAUUUGCAUUUACCUGCUGAAAAAUGCCUUUUGCCAAACGGAUCGUUGAGCCCCAGCUGCUGUGCAGACAUCCCAUCCCUAACGAUGAAGGGUUACUGUUCGAGGAUCUGUGCUCUAUCACCAAUGUGGCUCUAUCCCGGACCCUGCGGCAGCUCUCCGACCUGUCCAAACACGCCUGCUCCUUAUUCCAGGAGCUUGAGAACGAAAUAGUCACCACAAACCAACGGGUUUGGGCUUUGCAGAACAAAAUAGGCAAAAUCCAGCAAACCGCCAGUGCGCUGGAUCCGAAACUGGAGGCUGUGCCUGUAUCAAAUCUGGACAUUGAGAGUAAACUGACCUCACACUAUCAGGCUCCAUGGCAUCAACAACACAACCUGUUCCACACCUGUACACGGCCACCAUGUUUGGAAGAGUUACACCGACAUGCCAAGCUCAACCUGCGGGCACUGCACAGAGACCAGCAGCAGCGUCAGCGUUCAACCAGCAGAGAGCGUGGUCGGGUCACCAUAUCAAUAUCUGUGGCCCCGCCUAUGCCAACCUUCCCUUCAACUCACAAACUCAGAAGGCGGGAGCAGAGGGGCCGGCACUCACGCCUGGAGAGGAGCGUUAGAGAGAGUGAUGUGCAAAGCAUCCAGAGGAAGGAGAGACCAGCCAAAGAGGCUGAAUUCAAACCCGUCCUCAGAAAGUAUCAGCGCUCCCGUUCCUCCUCCCCUGUUCAGUGUUGUUACCUCAUUCCCUGGAUUAGAAAGGCUGGAACCAACACAGAAACAGAUAGUGAAUUGCCAGUGAUGAGCCAUAGGCCUAAAUGCCCUGUUCCCAACGUACCUACCACCCUGGACAAAAAGACCAACUGGUCCAAAGCCCUGCCUCUCCCCACGCCAGAAGAGAGAAUAAAGAAUGACUCUCAAGUGAUUUCAUCCUGUAUCAUUCCAAUAAAUGUUUCUGGUGUUGGAUUUGACAGAGAAGCCAGUGCUCGCUGCUCUCUUGUUCACUCACAGUCAGUUCUACAGAGACGUCGGAAACUCAGGAGGCGAAAAACGAUCACUGGCAUCCCCAAAAGAGUUCAACAAGACAUGGAUUCUGAUGAAUCACCUGUGGCUAGAGAGAGAACGGUGAUCAUCCAUGCCAACCCACACAAGUCACUGUGGCAUGAGGAGCUUUCCUUGAGUGGCAGAGUAUUGCACACCAAGGACUCUGGCUGUCAGACAGAUGACUUCUUGAUUGCUGCUCCAUCUCGGAGGCGUAUUCGUGCCCAGAGGGGUCAAGGAAUUCCAGCCUCUCUCUCACACUCAACUGGAAACAUUACCUCCCUGCCGGAUCGCUCUGAUACUGUGUAUGCUGCAGCAUCAGCCACUCGUGUCCGUUCUAGAAGCUUACCACGUGAGGGUGGCCGACUUCUGGAUGAGGACCAAGAUGACAGUGAUGAUGAUGACGAUGAUGAUGAAGAUGAUGAAGACGAAGAUGAAGAACUCUCUCCAUAUGAAGCUGAGGACUUCCUACCAGGUCCAGGACAGAGAAUUCCAAAGGAUGAGGAGGAGAGCACUGAUGACCAGGCCAUGCCAGAGCUCCAGUUUGGAAGCCUCAAGCGCAUGCAGCAUUCAGAGAGCCCUGACCACACGUGGAUUGAGAGAGGUAGAUCUAGACUCCCACGCAAAGUUGACAUGGGGAGCUGUGAGAUUUCCUCCAGCUCUGAUACUUUCAGCAGCCCCAUCCACUCUGCCUCCACUACAGGAGUACUAGGCAGCCAGAUGGACCAUAAAGAGGAUCACCAGUCCUCAAGCGGCAACUGGAGUGGAAGCAGCUCCACAUGCCCAUCCCAGACGUCUGAAACUCUUCCACCUGCUGCCUCUCCUCCCCUGACUGGAUCCUCACACUGUGAUUCAGAGCUCUCCCUCAAUACUGGAUCGCAUGUCAUUGAUGACACCACUGGCUUCAUAAUCGAUCCAUACCACAUUGACAAGCCACAAGGACAGGGGCAGAGAUCCAAUUCUUUUACCUCAUCAGCUACUGAUCAGAUGGAUGAUGCAGGGGUCAGUACUGCUAGUGAUGGUGAGUGGAACUGCACCCAGGACCAGCAGGAUCAGCCCUGCCCCCAAGACUUCAGCCCAAAGCAUUCCAGAGAGGAUGAGAGUGGUGUCAGUUGCCCCAGCUAUUCAAGUGGAGAAACUUACGAGAGUUUCAGUGACCAAGCGUCUGCAAGGAAAUCUGAGAUGCACUACAUUGUUGACACUGAAGGAUUUUAUUCCUCCAUGCACUUUGACUGUGGUCCUAAGGGUAGCAGAAGCUACUACAACUAUGCAGCCAUUGACCCUGACUGUGGCCCAAGUGGAAAUAUAGCACCUGGCAUGGGUGAAUACACUCAGUCAGAGUAUAGAGCCACCAGGACACUGGGCAGACCGUGUCUCUCCUUAAAAAAACCAAAGGCCAAGCCACCACCACCAAAACGUAGCUCUUCAUUAAAGGAAACAAGCAGUGGUGUGAACAUUCUAGAGCAGGAUGAACCAAAGAUUACUUGCGAGUUGCCGCUGCCCUUGUCUUCCAGGGAGAUGAAACUGCAGCUGGACUUGGCUGACUCUGCAGGGCACCUUGACACUGAAGGUCUUGAGUCACUUGGCGCGUGGGGAGUGGAGAAUGUCAGGGACAUGCUUGACUGCUCUUCUCCAUUCAGUUCCUCUGACACACAUUCAUUCAAGGAUGAAGGUGCUGUGCAAGCAGACUAUGCAGACCUUUGGCUCCACAAUGACUUGAAAUCAAAUGACCAUUACCGGUCUCUGUCCAACUCUAGCACUGCUACGGGUACAACUGUUAUUGAAUGCAUCAAGUCACCAGAAUGUGCAGAAAUGCAAGCCUGUCAACCUAGGUCCAGACCUAUUUCUCCAACUCUUCCUCCACCUGAAGGUGACUUCAAGCUGGCUUCUCCUGAAAAGUUAGUGGGCUUGGCAUCCCCUUCCAGUGGAUAUUCUAGCCAGUCGGAAACACCUACAUCUUCCUUCCCCUCCGCUUUCUUCCCAGGGCCCCUGUCUCCAACCAGUGGCAAAAGGAAACCCAAAGUCCCUGAAAGGAAAUCCUCACUUUGUUCCCUACAACAGCCACAGCUUUCAGUCCGAGACCCAGGAUUUUCCUCCAGGAGGGAAACUGACUACCAUGCCAUACCCCCCAGUCACCUUGACCUAAGUGCUCUUCACAGCAAGCACUUUUCUCACAGAAAUCAGAUGCACAUCCUCCACCAGAAUAAGCAGAAAGCUGCUAUAGCUGCAGCUGCUGCUGCAGAAGCUCGUACUGCUGCCGCUGCUGCUGCAGAGGCUCGCACUGCUGAGGCUCGCACUGCAGCGUCUACUUCAGAGAUUGGAACAAGCACAGUACACAGCUCAGCCCAUUUGGCCAUCACUCCAACUGUUCUUAGAUCAGUCCAACUGAGAUCUAUUUGUAGAUUAGCUGAAGGGAACCAAGGGUAUGACAUGGUCAGUGCAAAUCCAGGCACUCGCCCCAAAUGUCCCACAGUAAUAACUGAUGCCCUAUCCUCUAGCAACAGGCACAACAGGAAACCACCAGCCUACAAACCCCCUGUGGCACAGCUCUGUGAAUCACAGGUUCUCCCGGUGGAAAACGUUGUUCUUCAACAGGAGGAAGUGAAAGUGAGACAGGAGAGGCUUGGUCCUGGUACUUACUGGGCAAUGACUGCUUUCAGAACUCCUGUAGACCCUACUCCUGAAAAAGGAGACACUUUGACAAGGUCAUCUCAAGGUCCUGAGGAAGAACAAGAAAGCAGAAAGUACCCAGAUGUGCAACUGACAUUGUCACCAGAGAGACUAAAACAAGAUCUAAAUCAGCUAUUACGGUCAGACCCUUCAGCACAGCCCAUGUGUUCGGCCAAUACAAUGCCACCCCCCGCUUACAGUGAAAUACAGAGGAGCAAUUUUGUACUGUGCAACAGCCCUGACAAAGUGCCUGUUUCAACUCAAGAGGCAUCGCACACUUACACAAUCAGCGAUGUACAAGGCCGAGAAGAGGAUUAUGAGACAUCAGGUGUCGCAACCAGAAGUGCCUCACAGGACAUAAGGGAAGAAGGGUCGACCCCAGACACAGAGGACUACUUCAGCAAGGAAUCAACUCCCAGUGAUAAUUCAACCUCUCCUUUGACUGAUGACUCUAAACCUGAUGAUGAUAAUGUUUUCCCAUCCCCCAACAAACUACGUACAACUGAAGAUCUGUUUGCCAUGAUACACAGAUCCAAAAGGAAAGUGUUGGGACGUAAAGACUCAGGGGAGAUGAGUGGAAAAAGUCGGCCUGGAGUAGCACCUCCACCCGCCCCUGUCAGCAAUCCUACUGUAUGCCCGGUCACCCCUGCUGCCUCAGUCCCUUCAAACAGCUCUCAGCGAGCCUCAGGACCCAUCUACAGGAGUGCCAAAAAGUCCAGUACAUCCAGUGAGGAGUUCAAACUCCUGCUGCUAAAGAAGGGUAGUCGCUCAGACUCAAGUUACCGCAUGUCUGCUAUAGAGAUCCUCAAGAGCCCCAUCACUCCCAAGACUCAAGGAGAGCUGCUAUUAGAGGCUACACGGCAAACAGAGGAGACCCCCUUACCCCUCCAGGAGUCCACUAGCACCGGAGAUCCACUUCCAAGCCAAUUCCCUAAGGCCAACAGUGAAGGAUUCUCCCCAAAAACACUUACCAUGUCAGCUGCCUCCAGACAGGGACGUUCCAGAAUUCCACCUGCGGCAAACAGCAGUCGCUAUAGCACGAGGAGUCGACUGUAUACUGCCCCAAUGCAGGCCAUAUCAGAGGGAGAGACUGAGAAUUCAGAUGGAAGUCCACACGAUGAUCGCUCCUCUUAGUGGUAUAAUCAUUUUUUUAAAACCACUUAGCAAAAUGAUAAAUCUUUUAUAAUACGAAAACAUUCUAUUUGAACUGUGUGAGAGUGCUGUAUACAUAUUAUGAUCUACCUUAGUUUUCUCCCCUGAUGUUUGUGGUUUGACAAAAAAAGUUGAUUUCUUUAAGCUCCUUUUAUAUUCUGUAGGAGGAAGAACUUGAAUUUUUCGCAUUACCAUUUAUCAUCGAGAGUUAUGAUUUUCAUCAUAAACCCACACUUUUAUGCUCACAAAAUGAGAAGGUGAAAUUAGUUCUUUAACCAAAUAUCAAAAGGUAACAUUUUAAAAUGUAAAAUUCUAUUUACAUCAUCCGUCACAAAUUUACAUGACUAUGCGGAUGCUUUUCUAAGGACAAUCGCACCAUGGCCUUUCUUAGCAGGGUGUGCAAGGUGAAAGAUUUCAGAGAUAAAGAAACUAGAACAGUUAUGAACAUGGUUCUAAUAGUAUACUGGUUUGGAGAACCAUCACUUCUUUUGCACUCAAUUUGGAUAAUUAUCUUGAAAUAUACAACCUGGAUGUACUGUUAAAUAACAAGGCAAGCAGAUAAAGUAAUCCAGUUUUAGUUUAGUGAAAUGUAAUGGAGUAUGGCCACAUUCACACAGCAGCAGAAUACGGGUUGUCAAUUCUGUAUACGAGUUCUUUGCACUGUUACGUUCACACACAGUUCAGUUAUUUAUGGGUGUGACAACCGCAUUCUGUAACUGAACUCACACCAGUAAAAGUUCAGGACUCAUAACCACAUUCUUGGAAUGGAACAGGCCUGAACAACUGGUUUGAAGGACGAAAUUUGACUUUGUUGUGUCAAGUGAUACGACUUUUAAGUUAUACGGACGUCGCAAACUUUGAUAUUACUUCGGUCACUGUUGCUAUGGAAACUGUUAAGGAAAGCGGGCUUGACUCCCGUUGCACGUACAGACAGACAAUAGUCUAGGCCACAUUCACACAGCAGCAGAAUACACAGAGUAUAUUACUUUCCAACACAACAAGAGUCCAAUCGUCCAAUCCGCAAGUUCUUUCAUCAAACCUUCAUUAAAAUUCGGGUGGAGAACGGAGCAUUUGAAUCACACACAGAACAAAAAUUUCACAGGAGUGGUUAUUUACAGGUGUGACAACCGCAUGUCCAGGAGAACCUGUAUAUUUUCAGGACUCACAACCGCAUUUCCGGAACACAAGUGCCAUGUGAAGAGAACACCACUGGACAACUAGUUUGUGCUUCAUACACCGCGAGAGAGAGCCACUCUGCCGCACAAACUCGUGUCUAACAUAUUUUCAUGUGUUCGUUAGGUCACAUACAGUGACAGAGAAAUGAGCUGCAUGUCUUAGUUUUAGAUCCCGUCAGUUUUGUGUUCUGCACGCGAUUCAAAUACUCUGCUCUUCAUCCACAUUUAUUAGCUGCUGCCAGUUAAUGAAGGUCUGAUAAAAGAACUCUAAAGUCAAUUGGACUCUUGUCGUGUCAGAAAGUGAUAAGACUCUCAGUUUUACGGACAUCGCUAUCUUUUAUAGUACUUCGGUCACUAGCUAUGGUUACCAGCAAGGAAUAGGGGUGCUCCCAUUGCACAUUUAUACAUACAGACAGAAAUCUAAACACAACUGUUAGCUGCAAUGUGAAUGAGACUCACACCGGUAAAGAAAAUACAGUAUUCUGCUGCUGUGUGAACGCACUCUUAACAGUUCAGUUACAGAAUGCGGGUGUCACACCGUAAAUAACCAAACCGUGUGUGUGGACAUAACCGUAGUAAGGACUGACAACCGUAUUCUGCUGCUUUAUGAACAUGGCCUGUGUGUGUCAGAAUCUUGUCUGUCUGAAUCUCAAACUGUUAAACAGCAUUCCAACAACUGUUACGAAGACGAAUUGAAUCCUCUUUACCCUUGUUUAGUUUUACCUUUUCUUCAAAGACCCAAAUUGGGUUGUGUAUUUUUGUCACGAUUUUCAGGUGUCAUCAUGUAUAUUUACUUAACCAACCAACAUGGAAGAUUUUUGUGACUGCAGAAGAAAAGAGGACCUCAAUUUCAAUGUAUUCUGUGAAUACCCUUAAAAUCAAGCGUACUGUUCAUUUGAAGAAGAAUGGAUUCACUUUUAAAGUGAAACUCUUCAGAGUUGGAGGUCUUCUCAGAGUUCAAAACUCAUAGGAAUUAGCUAGAUUUGUCAAGCCUACACUGUGCCACUGAAGGGAAGGUGACAUGCUGUGAAAAGAUCGAUUUCUGGUCAUCUGUCUCUGAUGAACACUCUUUCACUGUGGUCGUAAUUCAGUUUCUACAUCCUUUGUAUAGCAUGCAAUAAAACACCAGAACAUGUCACAUCUCCACGUAAAAUGUAUUUCCACCUUCACUUGAAUUUGUUGAGUAUGUGCUCUGUUCAGUAAAUGUACAAAAUGUGUGAGAUUUGUUGAAAUUUGCAGUUUUACAUCACUGUAUACGCAGUUUGAGCUUUUUCCCUUAAGUGGAGGAACUGGACAAUCUAAUCUAAUGAAGCACUAUUUGUGUACAGCUGAGUUUUGAAAGAACAGACUGAGGCAUAAAUAUGGGUCCGUUUUGUUUAAAUGAUGAUAGAAUUAUAUUUAGAGUUUAAUGUAAUGUCAGUACUGAUUUAUAUCUCAAUCUCUGAGAUAUAGAUAAAAUGACUACGAGAAGGCAGCAGCGGUUCAUUGCUCAUCUGUAUAUUUAUAGGUGAUUGACAUUAUGUUUCAGCCUUUAUUCUGAAUUGACACUGAUUUGUUGUGUACUGUCAUGUCCAAGAGAACUGAUUUCUUUUUCGUUUUAUACCAAGAAACCUUCCAGGAUAUUCUGAGACACUAACAGAACUAACAUAUUUUCUCAUUUAAUAGGAGCUUCAGUGUGCCACGUCUAAUUUACUUCUCUUUAAUACAACCCUGUCUGAUGGUUGUCGCAAUUAGCUUUGCUUUAUAACAACAGAAUUUUGGAAGUACAGACUACUUUUUUUCUCCUUUGUGUCCAUGUACUAGAACUAAAUCUAUGAAAUCUUCUUUUAGAUUGCAACAUUUAAUAGUAAAAAAAAAAAAAAAGUAUUUUUAAUUAUGGGAUAUUUUAUCCAGAGAAUUAUUUUGUUAAUAAAUUUGGAAAAGAAUAAUUAUAAAGCUUUAUUUAAAUAAAAUAAGAAAAAAAUAUUUAAUAUCAGGGGUGUAUCAGCCAAUGAUGAAGAUACCGAACUUGUAAACAUUUCUAAUUAGCUGUAAACUUGCAUUCUCAACAAAUAAGCUAUUCUAUGUUAAAUGACUGUAGUUCAAUGUUUUGGUGCUUUGAAUUCUAUACCCAGGCCAUAUUCUGUCAUCGUUGCCAUUAGGGGGGGAUUCCAUCGAUAUCAUUAGCUUUUGUUUCAUACUUUUCUCUCUGUGCUUGUGAUGCAAUUGCAGUCAUGAAAACAACACUCGUGACAAUUCAAAAAUUCAGAUAUGUAGCAAUGAUUGUCUUUUGUUUCUAUUUUCACAACAGUAGCCACAUUUGAAGUAUCAACCUAAUUACCUGUACUGUAGUGAAGCUAACCAGUAAGUUUUGGCCUUAUUUGCAAAGUAUUAAAGAAAAAAAUGGAGGGAAAUCACAAAGUUAUCUGUAUCAUAGUUAUUUUACCUCAAAUACAGCUUUGGACUGUUUUAAACCGGCACAAGGUACUAUACAAAAAAACUAUCAUAUCAGUAAAGAGUAAAAGUGUAACAAAAAGACACUACACAUUUAUUUUAUUGGUUUUCUCUUAUCAUUAUAAUCCAUCUUGGACUAUUUCUCCAAUUUACAUUUUUUUUCUGGUAAAUUUCUCUGCAUUAUUUUUUUUUUUUUUUGCCAAAGGGUUUUAAAUGUGUAUUGGUGGGGGGAGGGGGAGUCUAAUAAAUUAAUUGAAGAAGAAAAAAAAUGAGGGUUAAAGCGAAAAUGACUAGCGAUAAAGAUGCAUCUUAUUCAGUUACAAUAAGCAGGAAGCAAAUCUCAUUGUGCAUACAAGCUUCACUUCAAGAGAUUUGAAUCCAUUUUGUAUUUUUGUAUAAACAUGUACAUAUGAUCUUUUUAAAGUGAAAAAAAGAGAAAAGACACUGUUUCAUUUUGUAAAAAAUGUUUUAAAAGUUUACAUUAAUUCCAAGCCUUUGUAUAUUUUUGAGCUGUGCGACUCUCUCAGUCCUGUAUUUAUUUUUUAGUAAACAUUGUGGGAAUUUCAUUGUAAAUUUGAACCAUUUCUUGCCAGCUCAAGUGACUGCUUAGUAACUGUGUAUAGAGAAAGCCAAUAAAUGUGACUGCAUUGAA